AUGCGUGAUAGGUAUCUUAGACAACAUCUAAGGCUAGCUACAAAACGAUUAUAUGCACAAAAGAACCCAUUGCGUCUCAAUCCAUAUGCUAAAAUAUUAAGAGCUGAACUUAUACGUGCUGAGCUGAUAAAAUACAAAGAAGUAAGCAUCAAUUAA